CUUUGACAACACAAAGUGGAUUUCUUAGGACACUACGUGUCUGACCAGGGUCUCCACAUGGACGACGCGAAGAUCACUGCUAUUGCGGAGUGGCCCGCCCCCACAUCCGCCAAGCAGCUUCGCAGCUUCCUAGGCCUGACCAGCUACUAUGAUAACUUCAUCCGGGGAUACGCUAGGUAUUCCUACGUCCUUACCUCCACCCUCCUCCGGAAGAACCCACCCUGGGCCUGGACACCCUUCCACGAGGACUCCUUCCGCGGCCUCAAGAGGGCGGUGACAUGCGCACUGGUUCUUCACCUACACGAUUUUGAUCGCCCUAUUAUCCUUACCACCGAUGCGUCAGACUUUGCUGUAGGAGUAGUGCUUUAUGAGGUCUUCCGUGAUUGUCCGAUAGCCUUCUACUCCCGUCAGCUCCUGCCCGCCGAGAUAAACUACACUGCUGAUGAACGUGAGUUUCUCGCAGUAGUUUAUGCCGCUCGGCACUGGCGUCACUACCUGCACGGGGCACCAUUCACGGUGCACACAGACAACUCUGUUGUCCAGGCUUUUCUGACAAAGCCGAAGCUCACUCCUCGACAGGCUCGCUGGUGGCGCGAUCUAUCCGAGUUUAGUUUUACCACUGAGCACAUCAAGGGUGAGACUAAUCGGGUCGCAGAUGCCUUAUCCAGGCGCCCUGACCACGACCAGGAGCACAUCCAUCUCUCUUCCAUCUCGGUUAGCACCGUCCACCACUCGGUGAUCGACGAGUUUCGCACUCAGUACCGCCACUGCCCCGACUAUCGCGACAUCCACGAGACCCUUCGGAGUGGCAAGACCGUCCCGAACUACUCUCUCGGGGACAACGGGAUUGUGUACUGGCACGGUUCACAGGGCACCAGAGAGCCCCGUAUUUGCGUUCCCUCCUCUGGACAGCUACGUGUCCGAGCAGUAGCAGAGUUCCAUGACCAGGCAGCCGCCGGUCAUAUGGGCUUCCACAAGACGUUGGCUCGUGUGAGCCGCCUGUAUGUCUGGCCGAAGCGCAAGGACUUUGUGAAGGACAACGUCGCAGAGUGUCCCACCUGUCAGAAGGCAAACAGUGCAAACCACCUUCCUUAUGGUUUGCUCCAACAUCUUCCUAUCCCUGAGGAUCGUUGGCAGUCCAUUUCGAUGGACUUUAUCGGUCCUCUUCGACCUUCGACCCCCCGCGGUCAUGAUGCUAUCUUGGUCGUUGUCGACUGCUUCAUGAAGCGUGCACCCUUUGUUCCAUGCCGCUAUGCCAUCAGUGCACGUGAGGUCGCCGACAUCGUGUUUGACCGAGUCGUGCGUGACCACGGCUUACCUCUGAGCAUCAUAUCUGACCGUGACCCGCGCUUUACCAGCCGAUUCUGGCGACGGCUCCACGAGGUGUACGGCACUCAGCUCCGCUUCUCCUCGUCUUACUAUCCUCAGACUGGUGGUCAGACCGAGAUCACGAACAGGACUCUCGGGGAUAUUCUCCGAAAGAUUGUUCGUCACGACCAGCAGUGGGAUCUCCAUCUUGCCCACGCGGAGAUAGCCUACAACCACGCCGUCUCGCCAGCCACGGGGAUGUCGCCUUACUAUUGCGACCUCGGCUACCACCCGCGUGUUCCCGCGGACUUCCUUCGACCGUCCCAGAUGCACCCCGACACGAGUUGUCCAGCGCUUGAUGAUUGGGUUGCACACAUGACGUCGAUUAUGAAGACCGCACAUGAGCACAUAGCCGCUUCUCUGACUCGCAUGGCAGCACGUGCGAACCGAUCGAGGAUGGAUCAUCCAUUCAAAGUCGGUGAUGACGUGCAUAUCGACGCCCGCCACUUACAGCUCGAAGCGGACACGCUUCGCAAGUUUCGGCGUCGCUUCUUUGGCCCAUGCCGCAUCCUCCAGGUUGUCGGUUCUGAUACGGCGUCUAGCCCGGUCAGCUUCCGUGUGAAGCUGCUCGACUACCUACGCCAGGCACGUAUGCACGAUGUCUACCACGUCUCGUUACUGCGUCCUUACCGCAGACCGUCUGAGCGUUUCGCCGGACGACCAUACGAGCGCCCUCCACCCAUCAUGGUGGACGGUCACGAGGAGUUCCUCAUUUCAGACAUCAUUGGUCGCCGAGUCACCGACGACAACCCUCCCCACGUCGAGUAUCUCGUACGUUGGAAGGGUUACCCUGAUGAGGAGGCUACCUGGGAGCCCCUCGAGCACUUGCAGCACGCUCGCAUGUUGGUGCGUGCCUAUGACCGUGCUUGUCGUGCUGGGUUCACUGCUCCUCCUCAGCCCACUGACCCUCCUCCUUCUCCUCCGGCUGAGUAGACUGCUGAAGUCGAGCCUGCUCCAUCUGAGGCAGACCUUCAGCAGCAGCCGGAUGCUUCGGAGCGUCCACAGCGCACUCG